AUGGAUCUGGCGCUGGAGGAGCCAGCGGCGACCGGGACGUCGAUUGCCGACCCAGUGUGGGCCUGUCCGCUCUGCUUGCGGGACAAGUCGGAUCUCGAUUUUGUGUCGCGGCUGCAGCACCUCAAGGUCUGCGCAGGACGGAAGGGCAUUUCUCCGCUCGGCGUCCGCGCGUUGGUGGCGGCAAACAACCGCAAGCGGGCACGCGACGAGAGUGGCGAUGCGAGCCAAGCUGACGAAGCGCCGCUGGUCCAGACUCGCCUUGCUGCCAAGCGACGCAAGGGAUCUGAGCAGGCGUUUGAGGCCAUUGCAGCUCGCAAGGCGGCGGCCAAGGCGGCGCGGGUCCAGCGAUCGCGGGUCGGUAAGACGCCCAAGUCUGCCUUUGAAGCCGACACACUAGCGGCCAUGGCGCUCUCCAACUCACUCAACGGCGACAAGCACAUGGACACUCUCAUCCGCAAGCCUGCUGAUGCCCGCGAGUACAUCACUGCCGUCUCGCCGCAUGGCGCGUCGGUAGUGGCGAGUGUUCUGGCGGCGGGCGGGUCGCCGUCGCCGUCACCGUCGUCGACGACGGCGGCACUUGCAGCGUCGGUCCUAUCGCGCCCGCCGGCGCACCCAGUUGCCGCUACCUCGCCGUCGUCAUGGACGCUUGCGGCAGCGGCCCAAGCGCCGGCUGCCGCGUACUACACCGAGCGCAUCCGCUCGUCGGCGAGGCCGGCCGCAGCGAAUGAUCCCCCAGAGUCGGAGACCGACGCGCUUGACGCGCUCUGCGCGGCGGCUAGCAGCGAAAGCGACGACGAAGUCGACGCAGGCUACACUGCCGCAGAGAGUGUGACCGCGCUUGAUGCGCUGUAUGCCCGGCGGAUGACCCAUCUCAACGCCAGCAUCGAGGCUGCGCGCGCCCAGCUCCGCAAGCUCCAAGCCCAGCAGGAUGACGAGGGCGAGCAGUAUCGGGCAGCGCGGACGGCGCUGGCAUCGAAGACGCCAGUUGAUUCAUUCCCGGCACCGCGAACCGAGUCUGAGUCUCAGCCUCAGCCUCAGCCUGUGGUAGUCGACGUCCCGACGGCAAUGGUGACGCCGGCGCGAAGUGCGGUGCCGGCGCGGUUGGGACGGACGCCGCAGAUUGCCACACCGCGGUCGCCAUUUGAUGGCGAGCCUGAUUUCGAAGCGUACUCGGACAAGGAUCUGGUGGCCUUUCUGCGGAAGCAUGGCAUGGCGCGGGCGUCCAGGCGGGCGAUGCUGACCUCGGCACGCGAGAUCUGGCGCGCACUGAAUGUGCCGCGGUUCAACGAGCGCAUGGUGCAAAAGGCGCGCAAUGCGGUGCGCGCCGCCGCUGUUGUCGGUGAUGAUGAAUGCGCGCCGCCAGUACAACCAGCUGUCCUCACCGCUGCUGACCAGAUGGCCAGCCUUGAGCCACUGGUGGUUGCUGCCGUCUCCGGCAGCCACGAGCUCGCCGAGACCGUGGCGCGGCUCCAACCGCUUGGUCUCUCUGCAGUUGUCAACGCAGUCCGAGCUGCUGCCGCCGCGCAGCCCGGAUCGGCCAAUCCGCUCGAGGGCAUUUCAGCUGCCGCUCUUCGCCGUACGGUUGCUGCUGUUCUCGUCACAAAGUGCGUUCUCUUUGCCGACGAGCACAAGCCAUCGGGUCGUCGACACAAGCAGCGCAAGUCGGCUUCCUCCCGCUCAUCGGCAUCCCGACGUCAGUAGCCCGAUAGUGGCCUACCGGCUUCCCUGUACUGGAAACGUUACCAUAGAUAUCACA